UCUCUGCCCCUCCCACAAUGGUGAGAUUUCCUGCAGUAGUUUGUGUCUCUGCCCCUCCCACAUUGGUGAGAUUUCCUGCAGUAGUUUGUGUCUCUGCCCCUCCUACAUUGGUGAGAUUUCCUGCAGUAGUUUGUGUCUCUGCCCCUCCCACAUUGGUGAGAUUUCCUGCAGUAGUUUGUGUCUCUGCCCCUCCUACAUUGGUGAGAUUUCCUGCAGUAGUUUGUGUCUCUGCCCCUCCCACAUUGGUGAGAUUUCCCUGCAGUAGUUUCUAUCUCUGCCCCUCCCACAAUGGUGAGAUGUCCUGCAGUAGUUUGUGUCUUUGCCCCUCCCACAAUGGUGAGAUUUCCCCACAGUAGUUUGUCUCGGCCCCUCCCACAAUGCUGAUAUAUCCAGGCAGUAG